GUGCUCUCAUGUAUAACAACUUAGCAUGCACCUGCGCGAAAAAUGCAGUAAAAUGGUGUGGAAUAGUGUAUAUUAUUGAAUAACUUAUAAAAUUUUUAUUAUUUAGAAAUUUGACAUGAACAUUUCUUUGCGCUGUUCAUAAUACGUAUGUGGUAGGGAAUAACCAUUUUACAUUGUAUUAUGAAAAACAAAUAGGCAUACAACAUAUUGAUAAACAUUGAUUGAAGUUUCGUCGCCAAAGAACAAGGUUUCUGCUCUUUUCUGAUUAUAAUAUUUAAAGUUUUUAACUUUGCGUGUCACGUGUGCAUACAUGCGUGUAUAGUAAGACGUUGUUACUAUUUAUAAAGAAAAAGUAGAAGAUAAAUAUUUUCUACUUAAAAGAAUGGAAGCGGAGCCAUUGGAGUUAGAGGAUGGUGAAAUCGUUGACGAUGAGGCUGAUGUUUUUGCAACUUACAAAAUUUUGGAAAGACCUCAUGUAAAGCAACCACCUGUCCCAGACACAUGUACAAAAAUGCGAUACAGUGAUGAAUCUGACGACUCUGCAGAUUCCGAAAGUGAUUCUGAUUCAGAUUCCGCACACGCUAAUGUUAAAAAACCUAAGCUUAAAUUGAAGAAGAAUAAGUCUUUUUGGAAGGAUUCAACAACUAAGAAUGAUAAAUAUAGAGUAUGGUGUACUCAGAUGCAGGAGGAAUCUUUGACUGAAGACUUAACAUUGUGCGGUGUUACAAAGAAGUUGUAUCAAGAACGCAGUAUUGAAAGUUACAACUUUACUCUAAGAUACUCAGAAAAUGGCAGAGAACCUCGUAAUAACAGUUCUGACGAAGAGAAAGAUAAUGAACAUAGAUUAACUAAUAAAAGGACAAAUUCAGAUCGGCGUGAUAUAAAAUUUAAAUUAGGAAAAAGGAGAAAUUCUGCUAUGGAUUCAGACAAUCAGAAAGGUUCAGUUAGAAUAAUAGCGGAUUUAUCCACAACUGCGGAUUCAACAGACGCUGACGUCGCUACUGACAUCACCUGUAAACUUAAAGAAAGAAAAGAUGUCCUUAUAAAACGGGUUGUGGAUAUAAUUGGUAAACAGAAAGCCAUCGAUUUUUUCCAAAAAACAAAGAAGAUUGAAGAAGAUGGUGGAAUGUUAAUAAUGAAUGGAUCUCGUAGAAGAACUGCUGGCGGAGUAUAUCUUUGGUUAGUGAAAAAUGACAAACAUAUUCCUCAAGAAAAAAUCAGGGAAAUAUUUUAUUACGACCAAAAAGAAGGUGAACAAAGAAAGAAAACUGGUGAUUCAGGACGACAAAAGACACAGGAAUUAAUAAGAAAUUUUGAAGAUGGAUCCGAAAAGGAUUUACCAGCUUUAUUAACAAGAGCAGAACUUUCGACACGACAAAUCGCGGAGGAAGCAAGAUUGCGACGGGGUGAGGGCAUGGACAGAAUGCCAGUAGAUUCCGAUCGCACGGUAUCAAACCCACCACCUAGUCCUGUAACAGAUGAUCCAGAUCAUUCUGAACAUCCAUUGGUACAGAGACAGGUUCAAGAUUAUACCGAUGAUUUUCUUGACAUAGGAGUGGAUAUAGAUAGUAUGGAAGUACUCUAAAAUUACAUACUCAAUUUUGUUUGCACAUACUUUACAAUACAGUGACUUGUACAAAUAAAAUGUAAUCAAUCGCACGAAGAAUACAUUAUAUGUAUAAUUUGUAUAAGUUGUAUAUUACAUAAAUAUUCAUAAAUAACAAAUAGACUGAAAAUAAU